AUGACCUGCGCUGGAUCUUCCACCAGCUUGACCGCAACGGCGACGCCCUGCUCAGUAUUGACGAGCUCAGCUGACUCCUCGACUGAAUUGGAUCCCUCCACUCCACCAACGAUGAGCUCGACUCCUCCGUUGGAUGAGACCACCUGGAUGGCUGCCGCCGGAAGAUUUCGCCCUAUGAUACGAAUCUCGACGACGUGCUUGAAUUUGAAAAGUUCAAGAUGA